AUGCCAAGUAGCACGUCCCUGCUGGAGGCCGAAGAGGGAGAGUCUGAGGCCCCACCGCCGCUAUUGCACGCUUUCGCCGGUAUGGGCCUUGAGGAGCACCAUGUCACCCAGAGCAAAACCCCUGAACAAGGAGAUGAGAGCCUUUCUUUUCAGUACCACCACCAGCUGCCCCCAGUUUCUCAUUUCAGCCUCCUCGGUACGGUCCUAGAUUUGGAGCCCCUGCAUCGGCCACCCUCGGGAGAUGAAGUGAACAUCACGGCAGUGCCCGAGGUCGAGGAGCCAGAAGUUGUAGCCGCCACCGAUUCCUUAGGCUGCACCGGUAACGCUAGCUCGUUACUUGCGCAGGCCCACCACCACCAACACCUCUCAUCGGGGCCAGGUGGCUCUGUGAUGCCGUCCGGGAUGGAACCGUCGCAUAUCGAAACGGUUCUGUUAUACAACGGAGACGAGCGGGAUGAGAACGGGGUCGGAGGCAGCGCCCUACCACCAGACAGACUGGCGAUGUACGGCGAGCCGGGCUACGAGGCCGAACCAUUGUUGUUGACUCGGCGAAAGAGCGUCAACACGACCGAGUGUGUGGCUGUGCCGAGCUCCGAGCACGUCGCGGAGAUUGUGGGUAGACAGGGCUGUAAGAUAAAGGCACUUCGAGCAAAGACCAACACCUACAUUAAGACACCAGUGAGGGGCGAGCAGCCUGUCUUUGUUGUGACUGGGCGCAAAGAAGAUGUGGCCAUGGCUAAGAAAGAGAUUCUGUCAGCGGCUGAGCACUUCUCCUUCAUUAGAGCCUCUCGAAACAAGGCAGGCCCUCUGUCUGCUGUCACAGGUCCUGGGACCCCUGCUCUACCUGGACAGACGACCAUUCAGGUGCGGGUACCAUAUCGUGUUGUUGGACUGGUUGUGGGUCCCAAAGGGGCAACUAUCAAACGCAUUCAGCAACAGACCCACACCUACAUUGUGACACCAAGUCGUGAUAAAGAGCCCGUGUUUGAGGUCACAGGUAUGCCGGAGAAUGUGGACCGGGCUAGGGAGGAGAUAGAGGCGCACAUCGCCCUUCGCACUGGAACCAGUGGGGGCACUGAGGCUCCAGGUGUAGACAACAGCGACUUUCAAUUCAAUGGGACAGAUGUCAGCUUUGAGAGUUCUGCAACCCUUGUUGGGUUGGGGGAGGCUGGGUGGCUCCCUGCUGGUACAUCGUCACCAGGUGGUGUUGGCUUGCUGCCAGUUAGCAUCAGCGGUACUCAGCGACUCAAUAGCAAUAUUAACAGUGGUGUCAGGAUGUCUUCCACCUACCGCAACGACAGCUCCAGCUCCCUGGGCAGUGGCUCCAGCUCAGCUGAUUCUUUCUACAGCACUGGGAAUGGAAACCGAAUGGCUGACUUAAGCCCAACCUGUCCAUUUAACGCCAAUGCUAACAACAACAACAACAACAACAACAGCAGCAAUGCUGGCAGUGCAACGUUCUGGUUUGACGAAAGCCUUCUUCCUGUGGGUUCAGAGGAGUUGGCCAGCCUGGGAGGUGGAGGCUCCUCCUCAGGAUUUGACCCGUUAACCAUUUCUACUGCCCAAGCCUCACACCCUGCUGGACAGCCACACAUCUGGAGUGCUUUUGUGGACCAUCAAUCCUUCCAGGCCUUUGAUGCCCUUCAGUCUCAGACCAGUCAGCCUGGGACGCCCCGGCUGUCUCCGACCUUCUCUGGGACAGAAGCCUUGGAGCACCCUCAGGCACAGCGUGUUCAUCGAGGGCCUUAUGGCUCAGCUGGGCCCCUUGGUCCCCACAGGUUCCCCUCUUACAGCUCGGCCUUCUCCUCUUCCAGUGAAAGCACCGCCUCCUCUUCCUCCCCUCCUGAAUCUUCUCUCUCCUAUGGCACAGCAGGAAGAGGACAGGAGAUAUGCAUCCAGUGUAUGGAAAACCAGGUGAUCGCUGCCUUGGUUCCCUGCGGCCAUAACCUCUUCUGUCUAGAUUGUGCCACCCAGAUAUGCCAGGGUCCAGAGGCUGUGUGCCCUGUGUGCCUGUCCCCAGUCACACAGGCCAUUCAGCUUCGCAACAUGUGAUUUUAAUAAGUUUACCUUGAUGGCUGAUAAGGGAUCAUCCUCCCUAACACUUCCAAUUUAUAAUGUGCAGGGGAAAUUACAAAAACUGGUCCCAAAUAAUUGUUUAGGUCCUCACCCUGGUUGGCAAAGGUUAGGAAGAGUAGGCGAAUAAGGAAUGAUUUGUAUUUUAGGCAUAGGUCAGGGUGUUCAGCCUGGGCAUAUGCCUGUGGUUCUAACUUGACUAAUCGAUCAAUGGAAGAGGGUUGGAAACACUCUAUGUAGCAUUGGGUGGGGUGGAAUGAAAAAAAGGCAUAUUUUGCUCAUCAUGAUUUUUGGUAUACAUUUUCCCCCCGAAACAUCUAGUUACGGAUUUCGUCCCACCUAUAUUUUGUUAGAAUUUUUUUUAACUAUUCUUUAAAUUUUAUUAGACACAUAAUGUUGACUUUUGGGUCAAAGUUUUAUUUUUGGCUUUUGGUCUACAUCUCAAAAGUUUUAUCUUUUUUUUUUUGUUUGUUUGUUUUUUAUGUUUUGCUGCUACAGAUGUUUUUAAUGUGCUGAAACAUGGCCCAGCCCCUUUGCCCCUCAGUUAUUGUAUUCACAGCAGGAAACUGAGGAAAAAUGAAGCAUAUUUACAUAUAUUACAUAUCUUACAUAAGGAGUCACACAUACGAAUAUGUAUAUACUAAUAGUAUUCUUCUGGUUAGCACAGAAUUUGAAUACCCAACACAGUAAACUGGAUAUUAUGUACACAUGCUACAUUUUCCUGGCAAAGUGUAUCUGUGCUACUUUAAGCAGAAUAUGAUGUUUACAUGCUCAAGAUCAUAAAGCCGAAUUUUUUGACUACUGCUGAUAAUAGCAGCAUGUUGAUACACUUGCAAACACACCCUCAGGGGUUUUAACUCAAGUGGGUCAGACCUGCAGCUGCAAGGUUGUCACACUCCAGGUUUCUUUCCCAGAUUUAAACUAACAAGUGAGUAACUCCUUUUUGUAGAGUACCAGGAUGUUGCACCACUUCAGUGUCGCCACGUUGCUUUCCAUUUCUACUAAAAAAAAAAAAACUGUUUACGGUAAACUUGUGCCUAAGUCCAUUCUGAGUAAACAAAAAGAAACAACUGGUUCACACAUGGUUGCUCUGUCUUAAAACAAACUUGUGGCCUUUUUGGAAAGCCUCUAAUUAACUGACAACAGCAUCUAUAAAUCCAGAUCUUGGCUUGAAAGAACACAAGCUGCCAGACUGAAGUCUUAAUGUUUUUGUUGAAGUUCAUCUCGGUGGAACAAAGUAUGUAUCACAGGGAUUUUUCUUUUUGUUUUAAGCCAUAAGUGUUUAGCGCCUACUACUUUAUCAUUUUAACAUCAAACACACCCAUUUAGUUUUUCAUAUGUAUUCCUCUCCCAUUGUUUGUCUUUUUGCUUGUAACCAAGUGCUGGUUUCAGCCAGAAAGAUAUUUUAAACCUGUACCUUUUGGUAACAUUCUUCCUCCCAUGUGUUGCAGUCACUUUUGUAGAUGGUGUAAGCGUGGCUCAUUAAUCUUUAAUCCUCAGCUGUGAAACCAUAAUGACAGCUGCACUCUGGAACAAAUCCCCAUACUAUACAGACAGGCUGCUCAGUUUUCAGCCAUGUCAGAAGAAUCCUUCUCUUUCACUUGAAUGUCGUUUCACAUGAACUGCUCCACCCGGUGACUGUCUCGUCACAGCCAUAUUGUGGUCUUGUUGGUCAGCAAAAUAAUUCCAUGCACAGUUGAGAUGAAGGCCACCCAUCCCUUAUUCAGAUUUUAUCCUGUGUUUUGUCUACUAGGCCUAUGCAAACAUUUUCUCAGUAUACUGGAGGAAGCACUGGAUAAAUUAAACUCCUCGGUUUUUAAUGACAAAGUUCAAACAAUCUUGGGCUUUAACCUGUAGACAGACUUGUUCCCUUUUUGUUUUUUUUAAAGUCCACAUUAUAGUUGUAGUUCUCCUUUAUCGCCUGCUUUAUGCAUUGAGAUGUUUCAGUGGUUACACACUGCUUCUCAUGUUUUACCAGCUCAUUUGCUGUUGCCCUAUGGCCCCACUAAGCACAGCCUUCCACACACUGUAAUCACACUAUUCAUUAGUAUGGACUCCAAGUGCCCUCCCCACCUCGGUGUGCACGUCUGUCUGUUCCUCUUCCUGAAAAGUGAAGUAAAGGUACAAAUAGGUGGAGAAGGUCUCAAUCUUACUUUAAACACCAGUGUCUCUAGACUUUGUUUUAAUGUGGUGACUGACAUUUCAAAUGGGGAAGCAGCCAGAACACUACAUAAGGUGGUCAAUACAGUUUCUUGACUGUCUGGACAUUGGACCACAGUCCCUCUAGCAUUCCAGCUGUAAACAGUAUUUUGGAGAUAUUUCACUGCUUUGCUCCAUUUCUUAAAUAUCAUCUUUUACAUGGAUGAUUGAGCAUUCUUGAGGAAAUGGAACCAAAUAAGUCCCAAGAGUGCAAAAAAAAAA